AUGCGGCAGGAGGAGGAAGAGAGCAGCAGAGGCGAGGUGGACCAAGAGGGCGUGCUGGGGCUGUGCAUGGGGAAAGCGGACAAAAAGGGCAAGAAGGUCCAGCGCAAAAAGCCCAAGGAGUUCUACUUCAAUCUUCUUGGUGGCGCCCUGUACUAUUACAAACAAGCCGAGUCCUCAGAGCCGAGUGGAACGAUCAAGCUGGGCGAGAUGACCUUCACACCGCAGCCUGAGGACGGCGAAGGCGAACAGUUCUGCUUCCAGCUCGCCAACGACAAACUCGACUUUCUCUUCAUCGCCGAAGACGAGGCCGACUACCGGGCGUGGGUGACGGCGCUGGAGGCCAACCAGGGGAAGGAGCCGCGGCCUCCUCUGUCCAAGGAGAAGGCCCAGGGCCGUUUCCAACGCCUCACCCGACGCACCACCAAGAACCUGGCCGGCAAGGCCGCCUCCUCGCCCCUCGGCAAGCGGGCAAUCCGCAACAAGCUCCCGAAAGAGAUAACCGAGCUGAUCGCGGCGCUGAAGGCGAUCAUCCAGAUGGAAUCCAAAUCGUCGAAGAAAGCCGAUCGGAUCGAGGACAACAUCUACAGGAUCGGUGUCAAGAUGUAUUUCCUCGUGUCCGAUAAGAAGCUCCGUAUCGAGGACCUGGCCGUGAUGGACAACCCCUUCCGUAAGGCGCUCGUGCUCUUCUCCAAGAUUCGGUUCCAGGUCCACGUCAAGCGGGACAACCAAGCGGACAUCAACUUUGACGUGCUACGGGAGAAGCUGGGCGAGGUGCGCCAGUUCGUUGCCGAAGCCGGCGAAGGUCUCAAGGGGCUGCUCGCCUCCCACAUGAAGCCCCGCAACAUCGAGAGGAUAGAUGAGGUCAUUUCGUACGUGACGGACCCGGACGUGGUGACCAGGAUCCUGCUCGAUCCCCUGCUCGACGACGAGCUGUUCAACCUCGAGAGCGCGGCCAAGCACUACUCCCAGUUCUUCUACUACGCCGAGGGGAGCUGA